AGGGACAAGCCCGAUGUGAUCGACGCGUUCUACAACGCCUGGCUGGAGGUCCUCCCGGGCGUACAGACACUCUGUUUAUUCUGCACGUCGGCGUGCUGAGGCGAUGGACUUGGGGGGUUGCAUGUUCAGGACAAUGUGUGCCAUGCCCGAGGACCUCUCCUCUGCACCGGCCUUUGAUGCCUUUACUGUACGGGAUCUGUCUGUUUGCGGAUAUUACGAGCCUACUAAUGCCGCAGUAGUCUCUUUGUAUUUGUGCUUUCCACCGCCCCCGACCACGACUCCCGAGAUAUUGCCAUGCCCCUCUCUGGGACCGGGGCCCGCGGCGGGGGGACUGGUAUUGUGGGAUGAAGGAGAGGCCCUUUAUGUCAACGUCCGACAUGAGGUCGUGCCUGUGCUGGUCAGUAUAUUGGGCAUCCGGGUACCGGACUAUUGCACAGCACAGGUACGCAACCUAUACGCCAUGAUGGGGAAGGAGAUUAUAGAGAGGGCCAUAGAUGCCAUGGGAGCAACCCACUACCGAAAUGACAUACAUAACACGCACACACAACGACACAGACGGCGCAUAGUCAACGAUGCUCUCACAGGACUCAACACGGGAACAUCCGUAGUAAACUCUCUAGACAUCCAGGGCCUUAACGAAAAGGUCGAGCAACUAAAAGGGGUAAUGAGGGACCUGCUACAGAGGUCUCUCACAAAUCGGGCAGACCAGGCACGCCUGGGGGAAGAGCGAGUAUUCACCCAGCUCGACGGCAUUGCAGUCCUGGAGACACACGCCCACACCAUUAACCGCCUUAUAGACCAGGCCAUGCAUGUGGCCUGUGGAUGGUAGCCCAGAUCCGGCAUAAUCUUGACCGGGUCCAAAGGGGGGAGGUGCCCGACUGGAUCGACAGUGCGAAACUGGCCUCACUCGCGGGGCGCUCCGGGCUGCUCGACAACCGGACUCUGAAGGGUAUGACCAGAGUAUACCCAGUGAUGCCCGACUUUGAGGUCAGUGAGGCGACAGGAGUCGGGAUUGUCCUCCUGAUCCCCUUGGUCACCCCAGAGUCGGGGCCAUUUCCCCUGUUUCACAUUGAGAACAUCGGAGUCAUACGGGAAAACGCUUCCCUCAAAUAUCGAUUAGCUCACCACACAGCCAUAUCUCGAAACAGCGCUGUGUACGGGGUGCCGCUUACAGGCUGCAAGCAGCGGGGGGCGAUUACCAUCUGCCCUCACCCCUUACGAAGGAGUGAAACAGCGGACUGCGGGUUCAACCGGACACAGGGCUGCACCCUUGAAAUUGAACCCACGGGCCCCCACUUCACUAGGGCGGGGUAUGGUGGGGGGAACGAUAUUGCGUCUCCACUCUUGAAAUCUCAUUUUGGUAUAAUGGACUGCAGUGCCCGAUUCCCCAGCACGAGUUCUGCUUCGCCCCCAGGCGCCCAGUCACGGUUGGGCAAGCUCACAUCUCAGAGGUCCGACGACGGAACCCCGAGUCCAUAUAAACUACUGAUAAAUUCAGGGACGCCCUCAGGGAAUAUCAGGAGCCUGAACAAGCCCCCAUCCCACAUUUGGCUGAGGUCUUACGGGAGCUUAGGACCCGGGUAGGACACUCAGUGAAAUUGUAUCACCAGUUGCAGUCGCAUGUAAAGGACCUAAAGGAGGACACAGACACAGCUCUGCAGUCCCAGGGGUGGGCACAGAGGGUGUGGGAUUGGGGCCUGAACGUGAACAUCCAUCCCUGGAUCCGAAUCAUCUCACACACCAUUGUAGGCAUACAGUUACUGCUGGCUCUGGCCUGGCUCCUGCUGGCGUGUCAUUCAUGCCGCCAGCACAAGAAACGAAAGGCCAGGAAGACCA